CGCCACACGACGCCUUCGUCGACCCGCUCGCCAGCCACCCGUUUGGUUCCCGCGAUAACGGCCCGUCAGAGCGAAUAUAAGGGGGGGAGACGGCCCAUCUGAUUAGAAACCUACAGCGCCGUUCCGACUCGAGGGGAGCGCGAAGAAGAAGAAGAAGAAACAAAGUCAAAGAGUAGCUCGGGAGAAGUGACACGAUGCAGCCACAAGCCUCUGCCGCCCAGAGGGCCUACUCACAACGGCGAUCCCCGGGGGCCACGGAUCCUGGGCCUCCGCCAAAUGUUUCCGUGCGAGCCAUCUCGCCCGGCAUGCAGCAAGGCCAUCCCCAGCAGCGACAAUCCAAUGCCUCCGUCAGGUCCGCCCCGUCCACCAGCGGGUCGAGGAGGACAACCCGCGAGGGUUCCUCCGGGUCGGGGAGCGGUUCCAACAUGCCGCUGUCGCAAAUCGAAAAGAGCGUCACUCAUCUCCUCGUAGCCACCAAGCAGCUUCUCGAAACACUGACGCAGUGGUCGCGCGGCCAAGCAACCGAUGCGCAAGUCUCCGACGUCUACGUACGGCUAGGCUACGAGUUCAACAUGGCCUGUCGGGCCUUUACCGCCAUCAACGUCGACACCUCCGACCUGGGCAACGUGCCCGAUCUGCUUCGCAGCAUCCUCGAGGCCUGCCUGAGCCAAGAAGCGAGCGCCGAGAGCCUGGAGAAGUACCUGCCUAGAAUUCGGGACAUCAUCAUCAACCUGCUCCACGGGCUGAAGCGGAAGCAGCAGAGAUUGCGCCAGAAGCAAGGGCGUGAUCGGGAUGGCUCCGCGGUUCCGGAGCGAGCCACGAGCAUCAGCACCAUCGGGAGCGGCAGCAGCGGCCUGACCAACAUGCUGGAGGACACUCUGGAGAGCCACCGACCGCAUUCGCAUCGCCCGGGGUCUGGUCCGCAACAGAAUGGCCAGUCGUCACCUACGCGGCGCUUCAACGCCGAGAGGGACCCAUCUAGGGGGUCGGUCGCUUCAGAGGUGUCUUCCAUUUCCAGCGCCACUAUGCAGAGCAUGCCCGUGAUGCCGCCUUAUCCAACAGACGACUCCUCUCUACCGGCAGGACCGCCGCCCGCACCAGAGCU